AUGCCUAUCGCACGCAAAUCCGGAGCUCGCUUAUCGGCUGCCGUCGAUACUGCCAACCGCCGUUCCGUAUACGGCAGAGGUUCGUACGGCUCGGCUCCGGCACCAGUUAUAUAUGAUGCAUCAACGGUCUCUCCGUCCGUCCGUCCGUCCGUCCGCCCGUCCGGGUCGGCUAUCACUUACCAUGGCAGUUUCCUACUGAAACCUUCCCUGAACCGGACAGAGCUUGCUUACGCUAUGAUAAACUUCACUGGGGGAGAUCAGAUUGUUUUGCUAAAGACUGUGAACUUGACUGUGUAUGCCGUGAACCUAAAUGAGAUCAACUCAGAUCAGACCUUCGUAUCGAACCCCGUUAUCAGAUCGAGACCCCGUUCCGCUUAUGUACAAGCACUUAAUCUCGAGAUUUACAAGUGUACAACAAACAUCCCACACCAACAUCACCAGAUUCACCGGUCAACCCUUUCACCCCAGAUACUGAAACCCGAUCUUGGUCUUAUCAACGUCGUGGCCCGUCCAUCCAUUCAGCCCGAUCCGGUACCGACAGACCCCGAUGGAUCGAGAUCAGUUGGUUCCAAAUUCCGAAUCUAUUUUGAACCCUUACAAAUUACGGCAUCUUCGUCUCAUCGCAUAUCGCCUACAUAUAGAGAAAGGGGAGGAUACCUAGGUAGAGAUAUCGGGUUGCUUGCUGACUGUGGAUGGAUAGAUGGUUGGCUGGUACUUGUGGUACUUUACUUGUUUUACGGUUGGUCAACACCGGAACGAACGUCUACAGAUACUUCAUUACAGACAGAAAGGACUAAGAUGCGAAGUAGCCGCAUCGACAGCUAAACCACCAUCAACCCUCCCUCCCCUUUCAUGAUUCCCGAAAUAGGUAGGUAGGUAUCCAUACGCCCACUUCGCCCACUUCGAUACCUCAUGAUAAAGACAUAAUACCUCUACCGAUAACGAUAACAAUC